AUGGGAAGAAAGGAUCAAGAGAACAAUAAGAAGGACGUUCAAUUCGUUCAUCACGUAGAGGAUUCUGCAUCUUCUGUUGCUUGUGAAGAGACAACUCAGUGGGCGAAACCUUUAGUAUUGGAUACAUCAAAUCCUAAAAUUGCCAGAUAUUAUGAGGGGAAGACAGACGACGAAGAUGACGAGGAGGGUGAGGGUAAUGAUAAUGAUAAUGAGAAUCAAGAUAAAUUAGAGGGAAUACCAGAAGAGCCAAUAGAAACGAAAGAAACAAGCGAUACCCCGCUGUCUGAAAGUGAGGAUGGAGAUCCACCUUCACAGGAGGAAGACAUCUCCAAGGAGAAAGGGAAUGAAGAUAUACAUGACUUAGAAGAACAACCGCUGUCUCCCGAAAGCGACAAGCCCCUAUCGACGACAGGUGAAUUGACUGACUCGAAAUUGAUAGAGUCGACCGCGACUUCGGAAGAAAGUCUAGCGAAUGAUAGUACAGAAGCAGUGCCGGAGCCAGGAUCGAAUCAUAGUUUAGAAAAUCCAUCCGAUCCUACUCCAAAUACAUCAGAUGACAUCCCUCCUUCCGUUCCAGACGCUCCACCACCAGAAGACAUACGGGACGACAGAUAUGCACUUAGUAAAAUAGAAUCACAUCAAUCGCAUCCGUCAAACCACACAGUUCGUUUCGCCGACGAUAUAGCAUCAACAAGUUCCAGAUCAAGAGAGAAGAAGAGCAAGAGAAGCAGUAAGGAUAGAAAGCCAUCUGUGCCCGAAGUUCCACGCAAACCCGAGUCUCUAUUGAGUAAGAGGAUCAAAAGGAGCAGGGAAAGCUCACGGUCUACUGAAGAUGGACUACGAGUACCACCAGAAGUUCCCGACCCGCCCCAGCGGAAACAUGCUGAGCUCGAAAAACAUUCGAGGGGGGAGAAAAGGAAGGCAAAGGACAGGAAAGAGAAAGGCGACGCUAAGAAAAGUAGGAGCAAAGGAAGGGAUGCUUCUAAAAUGGCAUUAGUCCCAAUUCUGAAACCCUCGGAAACGGCAACACAUAGUGAUGAGUUCAUACCAGCUGAAAAUAAUGGUGAUGAAGCAGUCCAGGAGCCACAGACAAUUCCAGAUGUUGUUCAGCCAGUAUCAGAUCCAGACCCCCCACCUCUACCAGAAGACAACCCAAGUGAGAAUAUAGAGGCUGAAGAAAUAUCACCAGUACAAGAGAACUUACCAACACAGCCUGAAGAACAUACAGAUACCGAGGAGACACCAAUCAGUGACGCACCAGCUUCAGAUGACAUAAAGGAGGAAGAAGAGAACGUUGCGAGCAUGCAGAACGAUCAGGCCGUCUCCGAGGAACAUGUAGUUACAGGUGAGGGAUCCACAACUGAUGUGCCAAUAGCAGAAGAUUCACAGAUGGGAACUGGAGAUAUUCCGAGCACAGAAGACACUCCCGCUGCCAUCGAGAAAUCUCAUGUUGAUGAUGAAGUUCCUGUUACAAACGAAACGGUUGAAGUUGAGGAUGAUAAGCCCACUGCUGCAAAUGGGACAGAGGUUAAUACGGAAGAGCCCGACAAUAAGGUUGUUUCGGAAGCUACAGUGGAAAGUCCUAUCAAUGAAGAGGAGAACCCUUUACCGGAUGAACAUGAUUCACAAGAUCCUGAAGUAGCUGAAAAGAGUUCGAGCAGCGAGGAAUUUUCAGCUGGUGCCGAGGCGAUGUCAGCCCGUGUGGAAGAGGCCUCAGAACCUGUCGAAUCCACACCAAUAACUGCCACCGGCGAAGAGAUUACAAGCUCCCUAGAGACAACUACAACAAUCGAUGAGCCUCAACCGGAGGUUGAUACUCACUCUAGUGACGAACCGGCUGUACUGGAAGAAAGUACACAUAAUGAUGAGGAAGUACCACCUCCUGCCGAGGAUGUAUCCGGGAAAAAUGUUGAAUCAGACCCCCAAGUCGAACUUGCUGCGAACGAGGAACCAAUCGAGGAAAAGUCUUCUGAAGAGCCCGAUCCUGAAGAAGUCUCCGAUACAACCGAGCCAGUAUCCCUACCUGUCCAGGAGCCAGUAACGAUCGAAAGUAACGUUCAAGACGAGGGGAAGGAAGAAUUGAAUGACGUCAAUCAUGAGACUUUGGAGACUCCAGAAGAAGUUGUUCCAGACCAAACAGGCACAGAAUAUUCAACAGAUGAGCCCAUUCAACCAACCGAAGCCGAAACGCCUAGUCCCGAAGAAGCUGGACCCGAAACUGAUGACACUCCGGAAGAGGCAAAUAAUCAUACCGAUGAAGAAUCUAAGCCAAAUAAACCUUCUCCUCAGCCAAGCGAGGACAAUCCGACGGAGACAGGGCCUGACAAUGUCGAUACUGAUAUUCUGACCCCCGAGAAUCUGACUGGGACUACCGAGACUAAUGAUCUGGCAGAUCACGUGGAAGACUCUAAUGUUGAGGAUGAUGUCAUUCAGGAAUUAGUACAAUCAAGCGACUCCGAUGUCAGUCCAGCCGCCGAAGAAAAGGUUGCUGGAGACUCUACCGAAGACAGUCCUGGAAUCAGCCUAGAUACAGAAAGCGUUGAGCCCGGCGAUGAGGUCCUAGAUAUUCCAGCUACAAUCGAAAAUUCACCCCAGAGCCAAGAAGAUACCCUCGUUAACCCCGAAGCUCUGGAAUCUGAUGCAAAAGUCGAAGAAUUGCCAAUCGAGAGCGAAAGUGUUCAACAAACUUUAGUAAAAGACGAAACUUCGAACGAGAGUCAUCUAGAUGAUUCGCAAGCCAUAAUCGAGGGAGAUUCAACGCCAGAAACGUCUGUAGAAGAGGAAGCUUCGGACAAGAGUAAUCUAGAUGAGUCACAAGCCAUAACCAAGGAGCAUUCGACGCCGGAAACGUCCGUGGGAGUUGAAGAGAUUUCUACCGAUACGGGAGAAAGCAAUGAGAGUCCAGAGAAUGAAGAAACACCAAUGACAAUCGAUCAAAUCUCCAACGAAGCAGAAAGUGCUCCAGAAUUUCCGGAAUCUGAAGAAAGUCCAUUGGAGAUAGAGGAAUGUCAAGAACCACAAGCGAAUGACGAUACAGUAACGCAGUUCGAGAACGACACUGUACCGGCAAUGGUUCAAGAUGACUUGGAGCCGGAAAAUGUCUCAUCUGGAGAUGUUGAAGAUGUUCAUGAUUUCUCUGAAGAUGCUCAUGAAUCCUCCGAAGAUGACGAGAUAGCAGACUUACUCAUGCCUGAACAAGAUCCCGUAGUGAUUGAGGAGACAUCCAACCAUCCAGAAAACGUGCCGACAGAAGAUGCUUUAGACAAGACGGAAGCGAUCCAAGAAUCUCCAGAAGCCGGCCCAGUGCCUGAGGUUAGCAAUGAAACCAUUCCUGUUAAUACCGAAAAUACUUUGGAACAGCCAAACGAGGAAUCACAAGUCGAAUCUGGAGAGGAACAGCUUUUCAAUGAAACUCAAGAAUCGCCGGCUAGCAAUGAACAGCAAAUAGAAAUCCAUCAAGAUCCUCAAGAUUCGAAUGAAAGUCUCGUACAAACAACUCCAGAUAACAUCAACCCCGAGCCAAUUGAAGAACCUAAAACCGAGCUGCCUUCUACCGAGCACGGUGUUGAAAUCGAGGCGAAAGAGUUAAAGGAGUCCGACCCAAUCGAAUCGGAAAACGAGGCAUCAAGUUGGGAUGGCGAUUCCAAUGAUGAAGACUCGGAAUCUGAUAACGAACACGAGGACGAAAAGUCAUCUGCUACCGAAGAAAACGGCCAUGAAACGGCAGGAAGUGAGGAGAAACAUUUGCCUGAGAGGGGAGAAAUAAAUGCUCCGGUUCCUACCAACGAAUCAGCUGAAGUUCCUGAUCCUUCCUUGGAUAAUGCACACAGAUCAUUGGAUAAAGAGGAUGAUGUAGUUCAAGUUGGUGAAACAGCCAUUAUCGAUAAUACCAAUAAUUCUAUCCCUGGAGAGGAACUUGUCGAGAGCAUCCCGGAAUCUGUAGAGGAGGAUAAUCAGCCAGCUGUAACAGCUACCGUUGAAGACCCCGAUACUCCUGUUCACGAGGAAGAGCCUAACGAAGACCCGCAGGUAUCCGUUGCGGACAACCUUUCCGAAACGGUGGCUGAGAAGGAUGCUAUUCAGCCAGGCGAGAAUAUCGAUAUUGAAGGAGUUCACGAAUCCGAAAAAGAAGGCAUCGAAAAUACAGAAGCCCCUGCUAUAGAAAGUCUUCCCGAAUCAACCAGUGACGGAGAGAAACAUAUAGAGACCUCGGAAACCGACCAAUCCCCGGAAAUUGAGAAUUAUACCCAAGAGUUAGAGGAAGACCCAGAAACACUCGUUAUCGAAGGUGAUAAUCCCGAGGCAAUCCUCGAGGAAGAAGGACCAGUGCAUUCAGAAGAAGCAAUUUAUGACGAGGAGACCGAAAUUACAGUGCCCGAGGACGAAUCUGCCCAGAGCCCGGAUGCCCCUGCCAUGGAAUCUUCCGAGCCAGCCCGCGAGGAACUCUCAGUUGAGACCACGGAAGAUGCCCCCCAAGAGCCUGAAAGUCCAGUUCCUGAGCAAGGGGUAAUUGAGGAGCCAAAAAUUUCUAAAGAUACAGAAAAUGAGCCCGAACCAGUUGUCGAGGGCAAAGAACCGGUUCAGGCCGAAAAAACCGUUUCGGAUGAAGAUCCCAACCCUCCAGUCCAUGAAGAACAACCAGUUGAAGCGCAUGAAUCUCCUGCAGCCCUGGAUGAUGAAAUUAAUGAUGAUAUCAAUGGUGGUGUUGCUGCAAUCACAGAAAACGAGACUCAGACAGUCGAUGACACCCAACCGCCCGCGGAUGAGAAUAAGGAGGUUAUUGAGAAUAUGGAAGCUCCCGUCGAAACAGAAUCUGUUCCCAUCAAUGCUACACCUGUUGAGACUGUGGCAGAUGAAGAGCCAUCAGUGGAAGCGCCCGAGGAAGAGAGAGCUCUAGAAAACGAUGCUGAUUCCGAGUCAACACAACUGGAUACUAUUCCAAUCGAGGAGCCUUUGACUGAAGAUCUUUCUACCGAAGAGCCCCUUGCCGAAAAUCCACUUAUCGAAGAGCCCGCUGCUGAAAUUCCUCAUACUGAAGAACCUGCUACCGAUCCAAUCCAUGAAAGUCCACCUGAACCAGAGCUUGAGCCCACACCAACCGAGCCUGUUCCCGCUCCAGCUGAGGAAUCAGCUCAUUCAGAAUCUCCUAUAGAACCAGAAGCCACCAACGAUUCUCCUUCAGAGCCUGUGGCUGUAGAAGAAAUUGCCCCUGAACCCGCCCCGGUUGAUACUUCUGAGGAACCAGUGAUUGAAAGCAAUCCCGAGCCAGAGAGCGUUAAGACAGAAGGUCCUAUUGAGCCCAGCCCAAUCAUGACAACCCCCCAAACACCUACCACACCCAUUGAAAAUUUGGAGGAUGGAGAACAAGCGCUACCUGACCCUGAACCUACGCAAGUUGAUGUUGUUGAACCAACCGAGGAAGUUCAGGUUGAGGAACAACCUGAGAUUGUUGACACAAUAGAGGAAGAUCCGGCAGCUCAAGAGGUAGUCGUUGAGCAAGCUGAAGAGGCUGUGGCUCAAGAGCCAAUCGAAGAAGUAGCUGUUGAGGAAGCUGAAGAGGCUGUAGCUCAAGAACCAAUUGAAGAAGUAGUUGUUGGGCAGGCUGAAGAAGCCGUGGUCCAAGAAAUUUCUGGAGAGCCAGUUACAGACCAACCUCCCGGUGAUGCCACUAGCGAGGCGCCAAUACUCGAUUCAUCUGAAGUUGAAACUGCCAAAGAACCAGUUAUCUCGGAACCAACCGUUGAAAUAUCGAUUGAAGAACCCGUCGUUGAAAGUGUCCAGGAAUCGCUAGUGGAAGCAUCCAGCGAACCAGAUCUCGAAGAAACUGUCGAAAAAGCCAGCUUUACACUGCCGGACGAAGAGCCCGUCGCCCCAGUGGCUGAACAGGCGAUUGAUGAGACAACUUUUGUGGAAGCAAUACCUUUAGAAGACCCAGUGAUAGAGAGCGCUGUUGUGGAACAAACUACGGAAACCAAAGAGGCACCUGAGGAAUCUGUCCAAGAUCUAUCAUCUGACCCGCCUGCGGUCCCAAUAGUAGAAGUCCCCGAGGCUGAAGAAAUCCUACAGGAAGUCGUUGAGGAGCCCCCUGCUCCCUCAGAUCCUAUACAAGAGCAAAGCGAGUCUCCAAAGGAGGACAAGCCGAAGGAAGUCGAAGACUUUGAGGCUGUUGCCCUUGCUGGACUAGCAGGUGCAGCCGCAGGUACAGCGGCAGCCAAGGCCUUGGAUGAUAAGGAAAAUAACGCUCCAAUAGCUGAUCAGGCUUUGAUAAAUGAGUCGGAACGCAUUGAAAAUCGCGAGGAUAAAGGAGCUGAGUCUCCCUCAAAAUCGGACAAAUCGGAAAAAGACAGACGCAGACAUAGGAGCUCGAGGCAUCAUUCAUUCAGUAACCACAACUCAACCAAAUAUGGUGAAUAUCCACCUUCCAGCAGACCAGAAGAACAACCAAGACGCCGAAGACAUUCCCACAGCCAUAGAACUAGUGGCGCAACUAGUGAUAGGGAAGAUGAUAAAGAGAAUUAUCGUAGUCACAGAUCGAGUCAAAAGGAAGAGGAUAGAGAGCGACCAGAACGUUCUCAUCGCCGACGAUCUAGCCACAGGGAAGACGAGCCCGAGCGUUCUUAUCGACGUAGGUCUGGCCGUAAAGAAGAAAAGGAAGACAGAGAGGAGCCAGCCCGUGAUAUUUCUCCAGCAAAACAAUCUCCAGAUCGUCGAGAUAGUGCUAUUGAGGGCGUUGACGAUGAACGUGAACGUCGCCGACGCCAUCGUAGAGACCGCAACCGAGGGGAGCAAGAAGAACACGACAGGAAAAGGGAGGAACGCCGAGCAGCUAAAAGAGAGGCAGCAAUCAAGGCCGAAGAAGCCUUCAGAGCAGAAGAAGCCCGAAAGGCUGAGGAAGAAGCACGAAAAGCCGAGGAGGCACUGCAGAAGAGAAAAACCGAGCCAGUUCCAUCAUCCACCGUUCCAAAGCGAUCAAGAUCACGAAGAGAAAGUAUUUCAAAGUCAUACUCAGCCACCCCCCAUGAAAGCGACGGCAUUCGAUCCCGACUUCUAAGUUUCAAGAAGCGCGUCCAAAGCGAAGUUACCAGUCCAUUCAUAGCAAAUGACGAGCCACAUAUCAAAGAAAAGCUUACCCCCGUCACACGCUCCAGAAGAGAUUCCAUCGUUGAUGAGCCGGGUCCACCUCAGUUCGACGUUACACCAGAACGUCCAAAGAUGAGUUCUAAUACCAGAAAAUCAUCUCGGUCACAUCCACAUCAUUCUCACUCAUCGUCUCGCAGAGAGUCUGAACGAACUCAUAGUUCUAGGAAAGAGCCAAGUCGACGAGAUUCUACCAGGGAGAAGUACAAGACGGAAGAGGAGAAGGAGGCAAGAAGAGCUCGCAGGGAGAUGAAAAGACAAGAGAAGCUUGCCAAGGAAGAGGCGGAAGCAGAAAAUAAACUUCAAAGGGAGAAGGACGACGAGUUGAGGCGUCAACAUCGGGAGGAGAGACGAAGAAGGCGAGAAGAAAGAGAUAUUGAAGAACGCGAGGCCAAGGAGCGAGAAGUCAGGAAUCGAGAACUGGAGGAGAAAAGUGACAAAUCGCUGGAACCAUUUCCUGAAAACGAUGUCGAAAACGGAGAAUCGAAACCUAGCUCGAGGCCAGCUACUCGGGAAAGACGACCGACGAGACACCAUUCGAAUUCUCAUAGUUCACGAGGCUCUCGUCCAGAGAUACCCACAUCCCGAGGUUCUCGUACAUCGGAAAAGCCAGCGGAAAAGCCAAAGAAUGCAUUCAAGAGCUUUAUGACACUGGGGAAAAAGGUCUUUGCUUCGGAAAAGCAUUGA